AUGCCUGUAAUAAUACUUUGUGGGGACAGCAAAUAUGUGGAACAGUUCUGCGACGAUUACACAGGUAGAUGUAACGAUAAGAAGAUUGUGGUACACCAUGAAGCAUUUUCAGAGGCAAUAAGUGACGUAAUAGAAGAUGACGCGUCUUUCUUUCACAUUAUCACACGCUCAUAUUGCAAAUCGGAGCGGUACAUCUCAUAUUGCCAUGCAAAAAGGUUCAAGACGGGAUACAUUGUUGUGUUCCUGCAGGGCGACAAUGUGGAUGUGGAGUUAGAAGUACCACUGGAAUCAAAUCGCUACGAUAAUCCUUUGAUUACGGUACAGAAUUACGGUGAGACGUGCAGAAACGAGCUUUUUAGCAGCAUAAAUGGUGUUUUGAGCGAUAAAAAAAUGAAAAGGUCGAGAUCGAACGAGAAAUUCAUAGCACAUGAGGAUUACAUCAAAAAGAUAAAAAGUAUAAUCAAUGAAGUGCAUAGCAAGUACGAUUUAAGAAACGCGUUCGAUAUUUGUGUUGAAACCGAAAAUCGUAUGAUGAGCAUUGUUGGUAUCAGGAAGAUUGGGAUAGAGGGUUUGGGCGAAUACUAUGAAAGCAUGUUGCGAGAAGCGCUGUACGAAAGAGGAAUGCUGAACGAAUAGACUUGAAUUAACGCAUAGCUUGUGGUUUACUGCUGAUCCGAUA